AGGUGUUUUAUUUUUUACCUCGAUCAUGCUCAAGCUCUUUGAUCACAUGUUUCAUUUCAACUUGCAUUAAUUUGCAUAGCUUGAAUAUUACUCUAUUAGAUCUUUUAAAGAAAAUUACUAACUAAAAUAAAAUUUUGAUGUACGGUUUGGAGUCGCCAAGAAUAUCAUUAAUUGCCAAUAUAAUGAACCAAAGUGAGAUCAAACUAGUGUAAGCUAUCAUCGUUUGAAAAAUCAGUAGGAGCUUAGCUCAAUUAGCAAUGGAAACCAUUAUCCUCUCUAAGGAAAAAGUGAAGCCAUCCAAACCAACACCUCCACACCUAAAAAACCACAAACUAUGCUUUUUAGACCAAAUUCAACCGCCAACAAGAAUCAAAAUUGUCCUCUUCUACGAAAAUACCACACUCGCACAAAAUCAAAAUAUCCUCAAGAAUGCCCUUUCAGAGACACUAACUCUGUUUUAUCCACUUGCUGGUGAACUAAAAGAAGGUUCAACUUUUGUAGACUGCAAUGACACUGGAGUUGCUUACGUGGAGGCUCAAGCGAAGACGCAUCUUAGUCAUUUUCUUGAGAACCCUGAUCUCUCACAACUCAAGAAACUGAUGAUAGAUGUUGAAUGUCAUUUAGUUUCUUUUCAGGUUACUAGAUUUGACUGUGGAGGGAUGGCGAUCGGGGCAAGCAUGUUUCAUUUAGUCUCAGAUGCAAACACAAUGAGUUCUUUUCUCAAAACUUGGGCUAAUAUUGCACGAGAGAGGAUCAUGCCAUUGGCUUCUCUUGAUUUCACAUCAUCAUCGCUACUCUUUCCCCCUCAGAACCAUUUGCCACAAGAGUUAUCGGCAUUUCUCAAAACUUUAUUUUUCAAGGAGGGUGAUCAGUUUCUCCAAAGAAGAUUUGUCUUUGAUUCUAAAGCAAUUGCAGCCAUCAAAAUGAAAUCUGGAUCUAAUAGUAAUGUGCCUAAGCCGACGCGUGUGGAGGCGUUGACAGCUUUCAUAUGGAAGCAUAUGAUGUUAGCAAGUGAAGCAGUAAAGGGAAGCUCAAGUCCCAGCUGCAUGCUAAAUCAUGCUGUGAACUUAAGGCCGAGGCUGCAUCCACCAUUGCCUAAUGCUUUUGGGAAUGUAGUUUGGUUUGCAACUACAUUUUACGAGUCAGAAAUAACAACGAGUGAUAAUAUUGAUCUGUCUCAUCUUGUGGGAUUAGUGAGAGAAGUGUUUGAGACCUUUUCAAAUGGUGAAAACUUGAAGGAACUGGAAGGUGAUGCGUCUUUUACUUAUCUAGUGAAUUUGGCCACAGAUACUAUUAACUCUUUUGACAAAGUAGAUAACUAUAUGUUCACAAGCUGGUGUCGUUUUGGACUUGACGAAGUUGAUUUUGGAUGGGGAAAACCUAUUUGGGUGGCUCCUCUCUUUGAUCCUACUUGUUCAUUGGGACAUGUCCAAAUUGUUAUUCUUGUGGAAAGUGGACGGAGUAGUGAUGGAAUUGAGGCCUGGAUCCUGAGAAAUAAGGAGGAAAUUCUUGAGUUGGAGAAUGAUGAGGAACUUCUGCAAUAUGCAUCUCCAAAUCCUAGCAUCCGUAUCCCUUAAAUAUUGUUCUUUUCUUUCACAGCAUGCCCCUUGAAUUGUUCUCCCAACUUUGAAGUUAAUUUAUUUCUUGUUAUUAAUAAUAUGAAAUAACUUCUCUUUGUGUUAA